GAAUUGUGGCCUUGGCCGCGUUUAUCGCGUCCAUAAUCUCUCUAAAUUCGAAAUUAUAUAGGAUGGAAAUGGUUUAUGUCUCUUUGACGCGUCUUGUCGCGUCCGGAUUUAUUCUCAAUGCAACAUACGAACACAUGGGUUCGACUCGAAUCAGAAACGUAGCCACUUGCUGGAAAGACGACAAAUUUGGCCGUACGCCGCCGGCCUCUUCCUCUUCCCUUCCUACAAGACGAUACAAUUUUGAGUUGUGGAUUGGGCUUUCUAGUCUUAUUUGA